CGCUGCCAUCUUUGAUUGUGCGAGAGGCCGCGGCGGCGCGAGAGGGGGCCUGUGUGUGUGUCUCUCUCUCUCUUUCUCAUUACUGGAGUAGACCCGUCUCAGGCAGGACAACGGGUGGGAAAGAGGAGGAAAAUAACCUGAGUACCGCCACCAUUUCGUCUGGUGUUUUUUUUUUCUGCAAAGGAAGAGGCACUGGCUCACAAAGCGGCUUCGGUUUUUGGAGGAGGCUACAAGCUGUAGCGCUCUGGCUAAUCACUGUGUAGCAUAGCUUAGCCUAGCAUAUAGGAGAGCUUUUUGUAAUCCAGUACACGCGUGCGCUCAGACGGGGCGAAAAGCGGCCUUGUUGAAGUCAGCGAAGGGACCGGCGGAAACAGGAGCCUGGUUCUGUGGGGUGAGACCGGAGGACCAGACUCAAUGAGUUUCCAGCGAAAUGUCAGAGAAGUCAGGGCAGAGCACCAAGGCAAAGGAUGGCAAGACCAAGUAUGCAACCCUUAGCCUCUUCAACACUUACAAGGGCAAGUCACUGGAGACUCAGAAAACUGCAGUUGCUGCCAGACAUGGGCUCCAAAGUUUGGGCAAAGUCGCGGUCAGUCGGCGUAUGCCCCCUCCAGCAAACCUGCCCAGUCUAAAGGCUGAGAACAAAGGCAAUGACCCCAACGUCAGCAUCGUUCCGAAGGAUGGCAGCGGCUGGGCCUCGAAACAGGACCAGGCUGGGGAUGAACGGCAGCAGGAGACUCCUCCUCCACAGCCAAAGCCUCCUGUCCCUCAGGUUUCUGACAAUCCUCUGGGCAGCCGUUCCUGGGCCAGCAACAAGCAGACUGGACCAGUUGAUGCAGGAGCUCCACGGGUAAGCAGCCAAUUUCAUCAAGAGUUUCCCACUCUUCAAGCAGCGGGAGAGACAGAGAAAUCAGCCGAGCAGGAGGAAGAGCCUUAUGGACCGGGCCCCAGUCUCAGACCUCAAAACGUAGGCAGCUGGCGGGAAGGUGGAGGUAGAAACCUGAGCGUUGCUUCCGGCUCUUCUGAAACAGAUAGCAAGGCUCCUGAGGAAGGAGGGCAGAGUCGUAGCACUCCUUCCCCAACAGGGGACGCAGAAGUCGCAGGAAAACCCCCCUCCGUGGAAGCCAGAGACAAAAGAGAUGCCAGAGACAAGCUUCCCUCUCCAGCCCUACAGCACAAACUUAAUGGUGGACAGCAACCACCUGGAGGAGACCCCUCUCAGUUCCAUGCUCAGUUUAGAGGCAUGAUGCCACCUUAUAUGUUCCAUGCCUACUCUCGUAUGUCUUAUGCUCCUGUACAAGCAAACUUCAGAUACCCUGGGCAGCAAGAUGGCUCAAAGGGUCCAAGACCUAGUGGAAGACCUUCCCAGCCUCCACCACAGUCCUGGAUGCAGGAUCCAGACCGACCCUCCAUUGUUAGUGCUUCAGAAUUAAAAGAGCUUGACAAUCUAGACACCGAUGCUGAUGAAGGUUGGGCUGGUGCCCAGAUGGAAGUUGACUACACAGAGAAACUCAACUUCAGUGACGAUGAGGAUAAUCAUACAGCUAAGGAGAAAGGAGACAACUGGGAAUGGGUAAAUAAGGUGGACCGCAUACGAUCACGCAACGCUGACCCUCAGGAGGGUUGGAAAGAUGGAGGGCAAGAAAGAAGUGAGAGCAAAAGCUCAUGGGCAGAUGGUGGCGAACCUAGAGCUCCCUCACCAGGCAGUGUAACUCACUACAACAAAACAGGACCAUCCCAAGACUGCCAGGCUGGACGGGCUGCAGGAAGUGGUGGUGCUCGUCUGGCAAAACCUUCCACAGCCUAUGCUUCAGGUGAGGAUGACUCGGAGGCCUGGCGACAAAAACGCAAGAAGCAGUCUGAACUUUCCGAGGCUGUGGAGCGCGCUCGGAGGCGACGUGAGGAAGAGGAGAGGCGGAUGGAGGAGCAGAGGCUGGCCGCCUGUGCUGAGAAACUCAAACGCCUCAAUGAAAAACUACGGCCUUCUGCUGCUGCCCCAGAGGUUGCAAAAGCUGCUACGCCUGUCCAGAGCAAUGAAUCAGAGGCUGAAACGGUGCCUAGCUUGCCUGCUGAAACCUUGCCCACUCAGGCCACUCCGCCACAGCAACCCCUCCCAUCUGUGCCCAUACCUUCCCAUGAAGGGCCAGAGCCAAGUGUGGAGGAGGAGCCCCAAUUUGUUACCAGGCAACCCAGCCCUCCUGCUCACAGGUCAGUUAUCGAAUCGCAAGAAGCUGAGGUGGAUGUUGCAGUAGUUGAAGAGGUACAGGUGGAAAGACAACCAAUUAAAGACUACUUUAGCCCUGAAGAGUGCAGAGUAGAGGAACCGCAGAUGCCUCGCCUUGAUCACUCGGUCAGUGAGGAUAUGCCCCAUCCACAGUUAGAGAAUGAGGGUGAGGCAGGCACCACAAUUCGCCCUUCGCUGCUUGGAGUGCCCUCUGGUUACUCCAAGCAGUUCCAGAAAUCUCUGCCACCCCGCUUCCUAAGACAGCAGGAGCAACUCAAGCAACAGCAGUGGCAGCAACAACAACAACAACAGCAGCAGCAACAACAACAACAGACCAGUGGAGGCUCAGUGUCCCCCUCGGGGGGAUCGGUUCCCCCUCAGCAUCGCUCUCUCUAUCAGCCACUGGGUCCACAUCACCAGCACCUGGCCUCUAUGGGUUUUGACCCACGCUGGCUGAUGAUGCAGUCGUACAUGGACCCACGCAUGAUGUCUGGACGCCCACCUAUGGAUAUGCCUCAAAUGCAACCAGGGAGAAUGCCUCCAAAACAGUUGGUCCGCAGAGAGCCGACUGAUAAUAGCAGUUCUGGCUCAGAUUCGUUUGAUCACCGACCAAUACGAGAACAUGGAAUGACCAGUGAGCCUCGAAUGGUGUGGGGUUCUGACCCUUAUCCACAAACUGAACCCUUAUCAUCUGCAACACCACCUAAAGUCCAGGAGAACUGCAAAGAGCCAAGGCUUGAUGCUGGUCUGGACCUGGAAAGAGGACUAUCAUCCGUGUAUCCCCAGGAGCACAGCACGCUGGAACCAAGGGGAAAGAGUGACUUUUUCAGAGAUUCUUCUGAGCCUGUCUCCACCUUUAGUCAUGUUUCAGAAGAGGUCCCAGGUCUUCUACAUACAGACAGGGCCCCUGUUAUCUCUUCCUUUGAUCCUGAGGUAGCCGCUCUCUCUGGUGGAGAUGAGGUCGAGGCCAUUGGACAGGCUGUUCUGAAGAGGUCUAUCUCUCAAGGAUCAAGUCACUCUGUUAAAUUGGAAGAGCCUAGGUUUGAAGGAAUUUCCAUAGUGCAGAAGACAGUGGAUCUCCCUGAAACUGGAGAACGAUUAGAGGACAGUUCCAGAAAGGAGCCAUUUGUUCCAGGGCCUGUGAUUAGCAAUCGUGCCACUCCACCGACUGCUACUGACAGCAUGCACAAAGUGGACAAGCUGCCCCUCCAAGCACCUGGUAAACAGAAGGGUGAGAUGCGCUGGGGGUCUCGCUGUGGCAGAAGAGAGGGUGGUGGAGGGGAGAGGCCGGUUAGGAGGUCGGGUCCGAUAAAAAAGCCCAUCCUUCGGGAUAUGAAGGAGGAGCGCGAGCAGAGAAGAGAGAAAGAGGAGCGCCAUGAGCGAGGGGAGCGAUCUAAAAAAGAAAACCCUGCUCUCAAAAACAACUCUAUCGCUGCUGCUACAGUGUCAGAUAGCCAGAAGUUUUCCAACGAGGGGACGAAAGAGAUAAUGGCUAGACCAGAGGAAGGAGCAGGGCAUGGUGUAAACAAAGCAAGAGAGCCUCAGGCACCCAUAGGAACAGCAGCUACCACCACCCAUGAGGAGAAACCAAGCAAACCCCCUCCCAGUGAAAAACGACUUGAACCCAAACUACCCUCUCGAAAAGAAUCCAAUGUGUCAAGAGCCAACCGCAGAGAAGAGCGAGAGAGGGAAAGAGAGCGGGAAAGGGACCGGGAGAUGGAGAGGGAUCAUGACUGGCCUUCUGAUGCAAACUUUAAAGGACGGGGGCGGGGCGAGUACUACUCGCGUGGACGUAGUUAUCGGGGGAGCUACAGUGGCAGAGGACGGGGGAGCCGUGGGCGCAGUCGUAUGGAGUAUCCAUCUCGAGAACCACGCUCCCGUCCUGAUCUGCUGAGCGCCUCUGGAACCGCAGGUUUUCGCUGCCGUGAGGAGAGUGAAACUCGCAGUGAAAGUUCAGAUUUUGAAGUAUUACCUAAACGCAGGCGCAGGAGAGGGUCAGACACAGACUCUGAGAGUGAAGGCAGAGAAUCUGCCAGCGACACUGGACCUUCUGACCGUGAGCCCACUGCUAAGCCUAGCAGACCACUACGCCGUGAACUGCCUGACUCUCGUCCUUCUGCCAAAGCUGCCUCUGGUUUCGGACCCGGGCAUUUUCCGGAAAAAUCUGGACCUCGGGAUGAGGAGGGUCGCCCAAAACCAGGAUUUCUUCCUAAGGGAGAACCAACACGACGUGGCAGAGGAGGGCUUUACAACCGGAGAGGUGGAGGAAGAGAGCGAGCUACGAAUAGGUCAGCACCUAUGCGUCGGGCUGCGGUGAGAGAGAGUCUGCCCUGGCCCUCCAAACCUAUGGAGACUUUUAGACCAGAAGACGCUGAGGUAUCUCGCAUGGAUGGCACAGCCUCUGAUCAGCGCUUGCCUAAACAUGAAGGCAAGAAAAUAAGAGAAGCUGGACAAAGCACUAGAGAGAGACCUCGGAGGCCAAGGCCAGCGAGACCUCCUAGGCAGGACAAACCACCACGUUUCAGAAGACUUAAAGAACGUGAAGCAGCAUUCAUAGCAGGUGAAGCAGCAACUGUUGCAACAACACAAUUACCUGCCCCAGUGUCUGAAUCUGUGUCUACAGCAGUGUCCAAAGCUCCAGGAAUGCCUGUCGCUCUCCCUGAAAGUCCUGCUAUUGCCACCACAGCACACAAUAACCCUGCCACCACUCCUGCUGAGGUUCCUGUGACGGAGGCAAUACUUCCCGAGACAGGAACCACCACAGUGGUUGCUGCUGGCAGCAAAUCACCAGACUUGUCUAAUCAGAACUCUUCAGACCAGGCCAACGAGGAGUGGGAGACUGCUUCUGAGAGUAGUGACUUUAAUGAGAGAAGGGAACGAGAAGAACGUAAGGGUGCGCUUGAAGCAGUGGCUGUAGUUACAGCAUCGUCUUCGACUGUACUCCCUCCAUCCACAGUAGGCCAAAGCAAGUCUCCUGCUGAGGCAGGACUAACUCCAAAACGUGAGGUAGUUCCUGUCGCUAAGAGGAGCUUUUCCAGCCAAAGGCCAGGAGACAGACAAAACCGCAGGGGUAACACUGGCGCAAAGACUGGCAGAGGGUACACAGGGGGAAAGGGAGAGCGCAGAGGAGGCUCAGGAGCCAAAUCUGGGCGCAGGGGUGCCGCAGCUCAGAGUGCAGAUGCUGCUCAGGCUGGAGCAGGUCAGAAGUCCAGUAAAGAGCCGGCAUCUAGCCGACGUAAAGAGGAGUCUAAGCAACCUGUUAAGAAACCUAAGGAGAAGGAGAACGCUCUAUCACAAUUUGACCUUAAUAACUAUGCCAGUGUGGUGAUCAUCGAUGAUCAUCCUGAAGUGACGACCUUGGAGGACCCACAGUCUAACACUAAUGAUGAUGGCUUCACAGAGGUCGUGUCUCGAAAGCAGCAGAAACGUCUGCAGGAUGAGGAAAGAAGAAAGAAGGAGGAGCAGACUGUACAGAACUGGGGUAAAAAGAGUUCAGGGGAGAAAGGCAGAGGUGGCGGUGGAUCCAAGCUGCCUCCACGGUUUGCCAGAAAACAGCAACAGCAGCAGGCAUCAGCAGCAUCCCAGCAGCAGGCUGUAUCCUCGUCUCAUCAAACUCAGACCUCAUCUCAGCCGUCUCAUCAGUCCCAGCCCCAGCCGUCAGUCUCUGUCUCCCAGCACAGCCUUUCUGCCCAGACCCAACCUACCGCCUCCUCCCAGCCUCUAGAGGGUGCAGUGGCCCCUCUACCCUCCACAUCUGUUGAUUUCUCUACUAAAACCCAGGCACACAGCACUCUGGGUACUGAGCUAUGGGAGAAUAAAGUGGCUGGCUCCACUGUCCUUACUGAUGUCAAGAAACUUGGGCCCAUCACCCCACCUCAGCCACCCUCAGUCAGUGCCUGGAAUAAACCUCUUACCUCUUUUGCUGGGACUGUGACCUCUGAAGGUGUAAAGGCAGCAUCAGACAGCAGUGUUGAGCUUGGCAUGGAACGGAUCCAGUUUGGGGCUCCCUCCUCAGCAGGUAGUACAGACAGUGACGGAGUGCCAGCUAUGCUGGAGAAAACAUCAGAUAAUAAGCUUCCUGAACCCAAAGAACAGCGACAGAAACAACCCCGUGCUGGACCCAUUAAACCACAAAAGCUGCCUGACAUGGCUGCUCCUGAGCAGAAGGAAUACAAGCCUGGCCCGAUCGGUAAGGAACGCUCACUAAAGAACCGCAAAGCCAAAGAUGGCCGCCAGUCAGAAGGAGACGGUUUGGAGAAGAGUGGUCCCAGUGGCAACCGGGACAGAGACUCCAGCUCUCCUGCUCAAGACAAAGUUCCUGAACUAGGAGGAGACAUUGAAGGCAUGAUCACAGUGCCUUCAGCUGAAUAUUCGAGCAGUUCCAAGGAAUCUGUGACUGACUACACUACACCGUCCUCCUCACUGGCUGACACCGUGCCUACAGGAGGAAGCAAGAUAGAGGAGAGCCUAGUUGCUAAUGUGGCACUGCCUCCCUCACUUCCUCUGCCACGUAGAGAAACCCUACAACAGAGCUCUAGCCUAAGCACAGUUUCUCCCGCUACAGUGGACCUUACACUGAAGAUGGAGUCGGCUCGUAAGGCCUGGGAGAAUUCCCCUAGUCUUGUAGAGAAAAGCUCCCCUGUCACUUCCUCGGCUUCCCCCAUUACCAGCGGAGGCGGUGCAGGCAAUGCCUCCUUCAGCUCCUUCUCCAGUGCCUCCAUGCCUCAGAUACCUGUUGCUUCAGUGACACCUAGCACCUCAUUGUCAGGUUCAUCCACUUACACAACAUCAUCUUUGAGCACCAAGACCACAUCUGCAUCUGACCCUCCCAACAUAUGUAAGGUGAAACCACAGCAGCUCCAGAGUUCAGGCAUGUCCAACAGCAACUUCUCCCAGCUUGGCUGUGUACCUUCCCUGUUACCACAGCAGCAGACCCCACAGGUCUUCGUCUCCCAGUCUGCAGCAGGUUCUGCUGCACAAAUCCCAGCCUUUUAUAUGGACACCAGUCAUCUGUUUAACACACCGCAUCCUCGCUUGCCCCCUCCUUCUAUGGCCCAGCAGCAAGGUUUCCAGCCUGGGCUUUCUCAGCCUACAGCAGUGCAGCAGAUUCCUAUCCCAAUCUACGCCCCUCUCCAAGGUCAGCCUCAGCACCAGGCUCAGCUCGGCCUCAGCACCGGCCCUCCUGUCUCUCAGCCACAAGAUCUUUUCAGCUCCUCCAUGCAGCCCUACAGGUCUCAGCAGGCGUUCAUGCAGAACAGUUUGUCCCAGCCAUCUCCCAUGAUGCAAUUGGGCACAGCGCUGCACAGCUACCCUGGAGUGCAGCCCCCUGAGCUGGCAAAACCCCAGUCCAGCUUGGCCUUUCAACAAACCUCCAACACGCAGCACAUUCCCAUCCUGUUUGAACCCCAGCUUAAUCAGCCCUCUGGAAUGGGUGGCUCCCAGCUCAUAGAUACACACAUGCUGCAGCGUCAGGGGAUGAGUCAGCAUUCAAAUCUGUACUCUGGACAGGUGCAGCAGCAUACACAAAACAGUUACUACAGCUCAACGCAAAGCCCCAGCUCUGCACUGCAACAGGUGACGGUGCCCAUGCCUGGCUCUCAGCUGUCAUUGCCUAGUUUUGGCUCUGGUGGGGGUCAGCCUCUGCUGGCUCUGCCCCAGUCUUUGCCCCCUAACCCACCUCAGGCUCAGCCACCCAACAUGAACCGCCAGCCCCCAAGCAGCCAGCCAUACCGUGGCCUUAUUGGCCAGAACACACACAUGAUGCAGCCUUCCAACAAGAUGUGUGAUAUGGAUUUAAAGCUGUUUGGAACGGGGAUGGAUGUGAAACCGGGAACUCCCCCAGUCAGUGCACGAAGCACGACCCCUACCUCAAGUCCUUACAGGGCGAGCUCCACAAGCCCCAGCAGUCAGUCCAGUAAGAUGAACAGCAUGUUGUAUCCCAAACAAUUUCAGUCUGGAUCACAAGGCAUACGAAUCCCACAGCACUUCCCUGGACAGUUCAACCCACAGAUGAUGUCACAGCCGAACAUGGUGUCUCCCCUGGUUCGUCCUCCUCAUGCUAACUCUUUUCCUGGAGGGGUGCAACGAACCCCCAUGGGUCCUCCUAUGUCCCCCAACCUUGGUGGUGGCCUGAUGCCACACCCCAGACCACAGCAUCCUCCCCGAGGCCCACCAGGGCCGCCUCUAGCUCCCCGUGGCACACAGGCAGCUCUUAAGGCAGAGCAGGACCUUAAGGCCAAACAAAGAGCAGAGGUACUACAGUCAACUCAUAAGUUCUUCUCUGAGCAGCAGCAGCAGCAGAUGAAGACUUCAGCUGCUAAGUCUGCUCGUAUGGAUGGAGCAGGCAAGCCUAUCGACAGCUUCGCUCCGAACCACCAGGGGGCUCCUCCGGAGCGCGCCGAGCCUGACAAACCCGCACCCCUUACUGCGACCAAGCCUAUCCGCACUGGUCCCAUCAAGCCCCAGGCCAUCAAACCUGAAGAGAGCAAGUAAACCGAAAUUUCGCCUCCAACAGGACUGGCGGAUGGAUGGAUGGAUGGAAGGAGACAGUUAUUUGACAGGAGAAAAUCAUUAGAGCGGAAGUGGUAGUUUAAGUAGUGGACAGGAGAACGGGAUUGCUGGGUGAACUGUAGCGUGUAAUUAAGCUAUAAUCUGUGUGGAUCACUCACCUUUGCCCUGCCUUUCUUCUGCUCCACCACUCACUUAUCUCCCACUGAAAUCCUGUUCUCUCCAUAGUGGAGAGAUUUUCUUUUUUUUUUUUUUCCAGCAGACAUGAAAAGCUAGAACAUAAAUGACUUCGCUAAUGUAUGAUGAAGGUAUGAAGCAAAAUGAAAGAUAAAUUUGCUGCUGGGUGCAUCAUUUUUAGCAUUGAUUUCCUCCCUUUCCUAAAAUAGAAUCACAUGUUGGGAGGACGGUUAUUUCCUUCGUUUCGUUUUGGACGUUUUGUCUUUCCUCCUAUUUUUUUUUUUUCUUUCAUUUUGUUUUUGUUACUGUAGGUAAAGAAAAAUGUUUCAUUUUCUACUUUUAUUUUCUUCUUUCCCAAAAGCUUUGCUGUUUAAGCGAUUAAGAAAGACAUAAAAAUGUGCACACUUCCACCUUUAACCUGUGUGUAUGGUCACUGCUCACCUCUCACUCCCCACUCUCCCUUAUCCCUCUUGCCUCCCUCUAGUGAAGCAAUAUCUCCUAAACAAGUUGUCUGUCAUAAGCAAGACAGUACAGCGUCUAUAAAAUGCUGAAAAAAAAUCUUUCUGCUUUUAAUUCCCUUGAGAGAAAUGCAUGGUUAGAGUUGCUGAUGUGAUACUUUGCUGGCAAAUUCGAUUGACUCAUUGAGAGCCUGUCUUCGUACCUUCUUCUCUUGAAUAUUAUUUCUAUCCCCUCACCCCCCCCUCUUGAGCUGUGUAUGAAACCAGAUUAUGUACAAGUCUGGAAUCUUUAGCCAAAGGGUAGAUGUUGUAAGAAAACCCCUUUAUGAUAAACUUUUUUUUUUAAAUAAAUAAAUAAACGGUUACGACUUUACUUUGAAGUUAUGCUCCAACCCUUGACUGUUCACUGAAUGUGAGUGGAGGAGUUUUAGAUGUUCAUGCUCUUUGGCACAGCUUAGUCGUCCUCUGCUCUGACUGGCAGUGAUGGUAGAAAGGGGUCCUGGAAAAACUGAGCGUAGGUUUCGCACCAGUGUUUUUGUCUUCUGUUUUUUUUUUUGUUUUUGUUUUUUUUUAAUACAAAGAGCAUUUCAAAAUGUAAGUCAGCCUCUAGAGUGUAAAACGGCAAAAAGAUGAAAAGCAAAAACCAGAUAGAACUGUAGUUCAGAUGCAAAAGGACAACUUUUCUGUUGUAAUGUCCACAGGCUACAAUCUCCAGUUCAUUUCUUUCAGGUUGCUAAUGCAAAAGGGAGGCUGCAGAUAUACUGGCGUGGAAGAUCAGCUCCCUAACGGCAAACGGGAGGAGGGGGUGGACAGGGGAAUGAACUUUUUGUUUGUUUGUUUUACUUGUACAGGGGUUAAAUCGCUGUAUUAAAAUAUGUAAGGUCUUAUUUACAUUGGUUUGGUUACAGAAACUAAUAAAAUAAUAUGCUGUCAAAAAUGAAA